AUGUAAUGGAAAAUAAUUCAAAUACUAUUGUUCAAAAUGACAAGGUUAAAAUAAAUACAAAUUGUCCCGAAAAACUGAAUGCUUCAUCUAGUCAGCUGUCAUCAAACUCAGAAUAUUUAAAGCAACCAAAUAGUUCAUCAUUAAGUUAUGGUCAAGUGCGAUGGAAAGAUGGAAAUGGUAAAAUAACUAAAAAUGAUAAUUCAAAAUUUCAGUUAUUGAAAUUAGGCUCUUUAACCGAAUUGAACUCUUACAAAAUGGAGAAAAAUGGUGCCAAUGAUUCAAAUGGGUCCGGGGAUGAUAUUAUAAAAGUAAGUUAUAGUAAGACUCGUACAUCACAAUUAGUAUUGUUUGUUGGAAUUUUUUGAGUUAGUUAAAAUUCUGUUAACAAAAUUAUUAAUUUUUUUUAGAAUUUGAAUA